AUGAUCCUCGAGUCAGCUCUCGUCGCUGCCUCCCUGGCCACCGUCGCCAACGGAGCCCAGCCUGGAGCUGCCGCCCCCGUGGCCGCGCCCAUGAGGGACCUGGACUGGGGCCAGAUCAACUUCCUGCACACGACAGACACCCACGGCUGGCAUGGAGGGCAUCUGCAAGAGCCGCAGUACUCGGCCGACUGGGGCGACUACAUCUCCUUCGCCGAGCACAUGAAGGCCAAGGCCGACGAGAAGGGCGUCGACCUGCUCCUCAUCGACACCGGCGACCGCAUAGAGGGCAACGGCCUGUACGACGCCUCGGACCCCAAGGGCAAGUACACCUACGACAUUGUCCGCGAGCAGCCCAUCGACGUCCUGUGCACCGGCAACCACGAGCUCUACAUCGAGGACUCGGUGCGCCGCGAGCACGACAUCACCGUCCCCAACUUCCGCGACGCCUACCUCGCCUCCAACCUCGACUACAUCGAGCCCCAGACCGGCAACCAGAUCCCCCAGGCCCGCCGGUACCGCAAGUUCAAGACCAAGAACCAGGGCCUGACCGUCGUCGCCUUCGGCUUCCUCUUUGACUUUGACCGCGCCGCCAACAACAGCGUCGUCCAGAAGGUCGAGGACACCAUCAAGGAGGACUGGUUCCAGAAGGCCAUCCGUGAGAAGCCCGACCUCUUCGUCGUCACUGGCCACGUCGGCCUGCGCAUGAAGGAGUUCGAGCUGCUCUUGAAGGUCAUCCGCCAGGAGAACUGGUACACCCCCAUCGCCUUCCUCGGCGGCCACGCCCACGUCCGCGAUUUCCGCAAGUUCGACGACAAGGCCUACGCCAUCGCCAGCGGCCGGUACAUGGAGACCAUCGGCUGGCUGUCCGUCGACGGCAUCAAGAAGAGAGCCAAGGACUCGGAGACGGCCAUCGCUGCGGCCGCAUCGCCUACCUUCAAGCGGCGCUACAUCGACAACAACCUGUACGGGCUGCACCACCACACGGGCCUGAACGAGACCACCUUUCCCACGGAGCAUGGGCGCAACGUGACCCAGAUGAUCGCCAAGGGCCGGAAGGAGCUGAAGCUGGACCAGGCCUACGGCUGCGCACCUCAGGAUCUGUGGAUGAACCGGGCCGAGUUCCCCAGCAACGCGAGCGUCUUCACCUGGCUGGAGGAGCAGGUGCUCCCGGCCAUCGCCACCAGGGACGACAGGGCCGACGUGCCGCGGCUGGCGAUUGCCAACACGGGCAUGAUACGCUUCGACAUCUUCAAGGGCGCCUUCACCGUCGACUCGACCUACAUCGUGUCACCCUUCAUCAGCAAGUUCAACUACAUUCAGGACGUGCCAUACUCGGCCGCCAAGAGGGUCCUAGCCAUGCUCAACGGCGGCGGGCCCGUCUUCUCGGCGUUCGAGGCCGGUUCCGCCCUCGACACGCGGUACCUCGUCAGCCCCGAGCAGUGGGCGUUUGCGGAGCGGCCCCAGGUCGCGAACGCAGCAGCAGCGGCCGAGGCCCGGACCCCGGUCCACCUCCAGGGCGACGGCCUCCAGAAGCCGCUCGGAUCCGAGGGCGACGGCUCCGGCAGCAAGAAGCCGGACCUCAUCAGGGGCUACACGACCAAGGACGACCUGGGCGACGACGGCGACGACACGGAGCACGAGCCCAUCACCUUCUACGCCGUGCCCAACUGCGUGCAGAGCGAGAUCGCGUUCCCGGCGGCCCAGCAGGACGGCCAAGGGGGAGAGGAGCCCGACAAGGUCGACCUCGUCUUUGUCGACUACGUCCAGCCCUGGGUCCUCACGGCCCUCAAGUUCAGCGGCGGCGACUACGGCACCGACGACGUCGCCGUCUACCGCAACCAGACGGUCACGGACCUGCUCGCCGCUUGGAUCACCGACCACUGGGCCGGCGACUGCGGCGCCAAGUGA